UCAGGAUAAGAUACUUGAAGAACUUGAUAAGGAAGAUAGCACCCAUGAUUCAGUGUCUCUAGAAUCAGAUUCUGAAGAAGAUGGAAUACACAUAGACACAGAAAAAGCUCUUGCUGAGAAAGAAAAGGGUAAUAAUUAUUUUAAGCAAGGAAAUUAUGAUGCUGCAAUUGAAUGUUACACAAAAGGAAUGAAUGCAGAUCCUUACAAUCCUGUUUUGCCCACAAACAGAUCAUCUGCUUUUUUCCGACUGAAAAAGUAUUCUGUGGCUGAAUCCGAUUGUAACUUAGCACUUGCCCUAAACAAAAACUAUACAAAGGCUUAUGCCAGAAGAGGAGCCGCUCGCUUUGCUUUGCAAAAUUUUGACGGUGCUAAGGAAGAUUACGAAAAGGUUUUGGAGUUGGAUUCAGACAACUUUGAAGCAAAAACUGAACUUAGGAAAAUCGAACAGGCUCUCCUGUCGAAAGAAGGCUUCCAAGCUGAAGAAUCAGAUGUCUUUACCAACACUGAAAUAACAGAACAGAAACAAACUGAGGAGGAGCAGCUAAAGCAAAAGGCUAUGGCCGAAAAAGAUUUGGGAAAUGGCUAUUUCAAAGAAGGGAAAUAUGAAAUAGCAAUAGAAUGCUACACACGUGGAAUAGCAGCAGAUGGCACCAAUGCGCUUCUUCCAGCCAACAGAGCUAUGGCCUACCUGAAAAUUCAAAAAUAUGAAGAAGCAGAGGAAGAUUGUACUCAAGCUGUAUUACUAGAUUCCUCCUACUCAAAAGCUUAUGCCAGAAGAGGGACUGCGAGAGCUGCACUGGGAAAGCUAAAAGAAGCUAUGCAAGAUUUUGAAACUGUUUUGAACCUGGAACCUGGAAAUAAGCAAGCAGUAAAUGAACUAAUGAAACUUAAGAAUGAAUCAAUUGCAAAAGGGCUGUGGACAGGCACGGAAUGUCCUGGACUAUCACAAAAGGAAACAGAAGCACAAAAUCUAGUGAAACCUAUUGAUAAACCGUUGCAUCUUAGAUCAAAAAAACCCUUGAGAAGAAUAAUCAUUGAAGAAGUGGAUGGUGAGAUUCUGACCACAAAUUUGGUGGCUACCCCAAAUCCACAACCUAAACAGUCUGUUUCUGCAAGUGUAGAAGCAACACAUACCUCAGCAUCUGCACAGAAUCCAAGCAAAGAUUAUUUUUCUUCAGCUGAUACUCCCAAAGCAAAGCUGUUGAAAAUAGAAGAAAUCGGAGAUUCUGUAACCAUAGAACCUGUCAGCAAAAGCACCGUGAAAGAGAAACCAUCAUCUACAUCUCAGUCUUGUGCUAUGAAAAAACAAACUAAGACAGAAAAACAAACACUUCUCCCUGCAUUUACAUUCCCUGUGCCUCCAGUUCCUGUGAAUUCUUUUCAGCUGGAAUCAGAUUUCAGAAAAUUAAAAGGUUACCCAGAUCAAUUAUACGCAUACUUGAAGCAAAUUGAUCCUUCACUUUAUCCUAAUCUGUUCCAAAAAUCCUUGGAUCCAGAUGUAUUUAGCCAAAUUUUGAAAAUUCUACAGGAUUUUUAUACUGGGAAAGAAGAACCUUCACUCAUCUUAGAAAUUCUGCAGAAGCUGUCUGAAUCAAAAAGAUUUGAUAUGGCAGUAAUGUUUAUGUCUGAUUCAGAGAAAAAAGCUGCACAUUCAUUAUUUGGUCAUUUGGAGCAGUCAGGAUUGAAAGAGUCUUCCGUUAAACUGCUCAAGACAAGAUACGGUAUUUAAGGCAAAUACCUUUUUGGGUCCGUAUAGAAGUACAGCUGAUUCUGCACCGUUUUGGGAAGACACUUGCCUUCGGAUGAUCAGUGAGACUCCCAUCUAGGAGGAUUCAAAGUACCUUCCACUUGCGCAUGAGGAUUGUUUGGCCCCCCCAUGCCGCAUCACAUGUUUCUUUGGAAAGUCUCUGCACUUUCAAUAGCAGUUUCCUGGAUAGCGAAGAGAGAGGAAAGGCUGGUUUUACAUUUACCGCUCCAUGCACUGCGCUUUGGAGCCAAGCCUGUGAAAAAGAAGCAUUUAUGUGGAAAAGGUAAAUGUGUGUCUUCCGGUCUAGCAGGGUACCUCAUAAGAUUUAGCACGACUGAACCUAUUUUAAACUGGGGUUUUUCCUCCUUUUGAUCAUAUUGUAGAAUCAAGGCUGACAAUGAGUUGUUAAAAUAUUUUAUAAAUUUUGCGUUGUAUGUAUUCAUUUGCUGUUUUAAAAUAUUUGUGUAUUUCUGUUCUUAUCAAUAAACAGACGUUUAAUUCCAGGA